AUGGAAGACCCGGUCAAAGAACUUCCUGAGGUCGUUCGCAAGAUCACGGAGCCAUAUGCCGCCACGGAGAUCGCCCACAACUUCGAAAAUCGAGUGCUAACGAUCAACAACCAGAUCGAGUUUCAUGCGGUGAUGUUCAGCGAGGACAAGCUUAAGGCUGCAGUUGAGUUAACUGAAACCCUCCAGGGAAGGUUCAUCCCGAUAUGGGUCAGACUCAGGUUCAUUAGCAGGGUCGAUUUACGCCAGGAGGGCGACGGGAAAUAUCGGAUCUGCAGACAAGAAGAUAACUAUCCCAACGAUUUACACCGCGCUGGUCUCGAUCUUAUUCCGGGCUUGGCCUCCGUGCUAGCCAUCUGGAAGCUCGCCAUUGCCCUCACGUCGGCUCUCGUCGGCAACUUUUACUUGAAGCAUGGCUUGUUUGGUCCUUGA